AUGGCGGCAAUUCCGGCGACGAAGUUGCGUGACAUCGAUGACCUCCCGAAGAUUCCGGCCAACUACACGGCGUUGACGCCGCUCUGGUUCUUAGAUAGGGCUGCGGCGGUUCAUCCGACGAGGAAAUCGGUGAUUCACGGAUCCCGCGAGUACACGUGGCGGCAGACUUAUGACCGGUGUCGCCGUCUCGCAUCCGCUCUCGCCGAUCGAUCGAUUGGCCCCGGUUCGACGGUGGCGAUAAUUGCACCGAACGUUCCAGCAAUGUACGAAGCUCAUUUCGGAGUACCAAUGUCUGGAGCCGUCUUGAAUACAGUCAACAUCCGUCUCAAUGCCCCAACAGUCGCUUUCCUUCUCGGCCACUCGCAGAGCACUGUUGUAAUGGUGGAUCAAGAGUUCUUUGCUCUGGCAGAGGAAUCUUUGAGUCUUUUGGAGGAGAAAGCCGGAAGCAGCUUCAAACGCCCGCUCCUGAUCGUCAUAGGUGAUCACACCUGUCCUCCCGAGUCACUUAACCAGGCGUUAUCGAAAGGAGCCAUAGAAUACGAGGACUUUCUUGGAACCGGAGACCCAAACUAUCCGUGGCAGCCACCAGCUGAUGAGUGGCAGAGCAUCGCUCUUGGCUACACCUCGGGGACAACCGCUAGCCCGAAAGGAGUGGUGCUUCAUCACCGAGGCGCGUACGUAAUGGCUCUUAGCAAUCCUCUCAUCUGGGGAAUGCUAGAAGGCGCUGUUUACUUGUGGACUCUACCGAUGUUUCAUUGCAACGGUUGGUGUUUCCCUUGGUCCCUUGCUGUGCUCUCCGGUACCAGCAUCUGCCUUCGUCAGGUUACGGCCAAGGACGUGUACUCAAGCAUAGCCAAGUAUAAGGUUACCCAUUUCUGUGCGGCUCCUGUGGUCCUCACCACUAUUGUCAAUGCUCCUAAAGAGGACACGAUCCUUCCUCUUCCCCAUACGGUCCACGUCAUGACCGCAGGAGCUGCUCCUCCACCAUCUGUCCUCUUCUCCAUGAACGAGAAGGGCUUCCGAGUCGCUCACACCUAUGGGCUUUCCGAGACUUACGGUCCUUCCACUGUGUGCGCUUGGAAGCCCGAGUGGGAUUCCCUCCCUCCUCAGACGCAGGCUCAGCUCAAUGCUCGCCAAGGUGUCCGCUAUAUCGGCAUGGAGCAGCUUGACGUCAUCGACACUCAGACUGGAAAACCCGUUCCCGCAGACGGGAAAACCGCCGGAGAGAUUGUUUUCCGAGGGAACAUGGUGAUGAAAGGCUAUCUGAAGAAUCCGGAAGCGAACAAAGAGACGUUUGCUGGUGGUUGGUUUCACUCGGGGGAUAUCGCGGUGAAACAUCCAGACAACUACAUCGAGAUCAAGGACCGGUCAAAGGACGUUAUAAUCUCUGGCGGUGAGAAUAUCAGCAGCGUGGAGGUCGAAAACGUCGUGUACCAUCACCCGGCGGUUCUUGAAGCCUCUGUUGUGGCCAGGCCAGACGAGCGGUGGCAGGAAUCUCCGUGUGCGUUUGUGACGCUUAAGAGCGAUUACGAGAAGCGCGACCAGGGUAAGCUGGCUCAGGAUAUAAUGAAGUUCUGCCGGGAGAAGCUGCCGGCGUAUUGGGUCCCAAAGUCGGUGGUGUUUGGGCCAUUACCGAAGACGGCUACUGGAAAAAUUCAGAAGCAUGUUUUGAGGACUAAGGCCAAAGAGAUGGGACCAGUACCAAGAAGCAGGUUAUAG